UUGCACAGAAAGGGGGGGGGAAAAAAAAGGAAAAAGAAAAAAAAAGAAAAGCCAUGACUGCUAUCCCACAAUUCAUCUUCCCCGCGCCAUCUUUGUAUUAUUUCUAAUUUAUUUUGGAUGUCAAAAGACAUUGAUGAAGAUAUUUUCUCGGGAGUCUCCUGCCUUGCUAACCCGGCGCUUCCCGAUGUGAUCCGUGCAAGAGAGCUCGCCGCGCGCCCGCCCGAGCAGCCGCCGCCGCCACCACCAUGUCGCGCCGCAAGCAAGGGAAACCCCAGCACUUAAGCAAACGGGAAUUUUCACCCGAACCUCUAGAAGCCAUUCUCACCGAUGACGAACCAGAUCAUGGUACGUUGGGAGCUCCAGAAGGGGACCAUGACCUCCUUACAUGUGGCCAGUGUCAGAUGAACUUCCCGUUGGGAGACAUCCUUAUUUUUAUUGAGCACAAACGGAAACAAUGCAAUGGCACCCUUUGCCUAGAGAAGGCUGUGGAUAAGCCCCCUUCGCCCUCGCCGAGCGAGCUGAGAAAAGCAUCCAAUCCCGUGGAGGUUGGCAUCCAGGUCACGCCCGAGGAUGACGAUUGUUUGUCAACGUCAUCUAGAGGAAUUUGCCCUAAACAGGAACAUAUAGCAGGUAAAGAUGAACCCAGCAGCUACACGUGUACAACAUGUAAACAGCCAUUCAACAGCGCCUGGUUUCUCUUGCAACAUGCACAGAACACUCAUGGAUUAAGAAUCUACUUAGAAAGCGAGCACGGAAGUCCCCUGACACCCCGGGUUGGUAUCCCAUCAGGACUAGGUGCAGAAUGCCCUUCACAGCCACCACUCCAUGGGAUUCACAUUGCAGACAAUAAUCCUUUUAACUUACUCAGAAUACCUGGAUCAGUAGCGAGAGAAGCUUCAGGUCUUGGAGAAGGGCGUUUCCCUCCCACACCGCCUUUGUUUAGUCCCCCUCCAAGGCAUCACUUGGAUCCACAUCGCAUAGAACGCUUGGGCGCGGAAGAAAUGGCUCUUGCAACCCAUCACCCCAGUGCCUUCGACAGGGUGCUGCGACUCAACCCCAUGGCCAUGGAGCCCCCAGCUAUGGAUUUCUCCAGACGGCUUAGAGAGUUAGCUGGAAACACCUCUAGUCCUCCACUGUCACCGAACCGGCCCAGUCCUAUGCAAAGGUUACUGCAACCAUUCCAGCCAGGCAGCAAGCCGCCAUUUCUGGCAACCCCACCUCUUCCUCCUCUUCAGUCUGCUCCUCCCCCUUCCCAGCCCCCUGUCAAAUCCAAGUCCUGUGAAUUUUGUGGGAAAACCUUCAAGUUUCAAAGCAACUUAGUUGUCCACCGUAGGAGUCACACUGGAGAAAAACCUUACAAGUGCAGCCUUUGUGACCAUGCAUGCACUCAAGCAAGCAAACUAAAGCGCCACAUGAAAACCCAUAUGCACAAAUCAUCCCCCAUGACAGUGAAGUCAGACGAUGGCCUCUCCACAGCCAGUUCCCCGGAGCCUGGAACCAGCGACCUUGUGGGCAGUGCUAGCAGUGCCCUUAAAUCCGUAGUGGCCAAGUUUAAGAGUGAGAAUGACUCAAAUAUGAUUCCAGAAAACGGGGAUGAAGAAGAGGAAGAAGAGGAGGAGGAGGAAGAAGAAGAAGAGGAAGAAGAAGAGGAGGACUUGACUGAAAAUGAAAGAGCAGAUUAUGGCUUUGGCAUUAGUCUAGAAGCAGCUCGUCACCAUGAAAACAAUUCCCGAUCUAUUGAGGAGAAUCGUUCUAUUCCAGAUGUCAUGCAAGGGAUGGUCCUGAGUUCCAUGCAACACUUCAGUGAGGCCUUUCAUCAGGUCCUUGGAGAGAAACAUAAACGAGGGCACUUGUCCGAAUCUGAGGUGCACAGAGACACUUGCGAUGAAGACUCAGUAGCUGGUGAAUCUGAUCGCAUUGAUGAUGGCGCUAUUAAUGGUCGGGGGUGUUCCCCUGGUGAAUCUGCCUCUGGAGGUUUGUCAAAAAAGCUGCUCUUGGGUAGCCCCAGUUCCCUAAGUCCUUUCUCCAAACGCAUCAAACUUGAGAAGGAGUUUGACCUACCUGCUACAGCUAUGCCUAACACUGAAAAUGUUUACUCCCAGUGGCUAGCUGGGUACGCCGCCUCUAGGCAGCUAAAAGAUCCAUUCCUCAACUUUGGAGACUCCCGACAAUCGCCUUUUGCUUCCUCCUCAGAACACUCCUCAGAAAAUGGAAGUUUACGCUUCUCAACGCCUCCCGGGGAGAUGGAUGGAGGGAUAUCAGGCCGCAGCGGUACAGGAAGUGGAGGGAGCACCCCGCAUAUUAGUGGCCCAGGCCCUGGAAGGCCUAGUUCAAAAGAGGGCAGACGCAGCGACACUUGUGAGUACUGUGGAAAAGUCUUCAAGAACUGUAGUAACCUCACUGUCCACAGGAGAAGCCACACUGGGGAAAGGCCUUAUAAAUGUGAGCUGUGUAACUACGCCUGCGCCCAGAGUAGCAAACUCACCAGGCACAUGAAAACGCAUGGUCAGGUGGGGAAGGACGUUUACAAAUGUGAAAUUUGUAAGAUGCCUUUUAGCGUGUACAGUACCUUGGAAAAACACAUGAAAAAAUGGCACAGUGAUCGAGUCUUGAAUAAUGACAUAAAAACUGAAUAGAGGUAUAUUAACAUGUCCCUUUCUCCUCCCUCCCCCCAACCUUCUCCUGGCCCCCGUGUAGAGAUUUUUUUUAGUCCCUUGUGAGUAAAAUAAUGGAAGCAAAGGAUAUUAAGAAAGUGCUUGUCACCAGCACACCUGUUUUUGUUUUCCUUUUGUUUUUCCUUUCUUUUUUUCUGUUUCCACCAUUUGAAUGCAUGAUCUGUAUUGGGGCAAUACUACGCAAACUUUGAGCCUUUCUCUUGUGCAAUAAUUUACAUGUUGUGUAUGUUUAUUAAUUUUUUUAAUUGGACAGCAUGUAUGGUAUGUUAUGGCUGUUUUUAAAAAAAUUGUCCCCUGAUCCAUUGCUGAGCAAAACAAACAAAACCCACCCACACAAAUAAA